AUGAAGGCUAUUGUGAUGCAGGGCGAGCCCGGAAAGGCGUCGAUGGUCACUGACCGGCCAGUACCGAAGCCUCGGCCAGGAUAUCUCCUUGUGGAACCAAGGGCUGUAGCACUCAAUCCUACCGACUGGAAACACAUUCAUCGUAUGAACACGAAGGGCUGCUUACUAGGAUCUGACUAUGCGGGUGUGGUCAUAGAGCCAGGAACCGGAUACGACAAAGACUGGAAAGUCGGUGACCGACUGUUCGGCUUUGUCAAUGGGGGAAAUCACGACUUCCCCGAGGAUGGAUCCUUCGCAGAAAAGAUCAUCGUCAAAGCCGACAUUCAAAUGCGGAUCCCCGAUUAUAUGUCUUUCGAGGAUGCUUCCACUCUGGGUGUUGGCGUGAUUACUUGUGGUCAAGGUCUUUUUCAACAGAUGGGGUUGAACUCUCCCGACCAGCCAGCUAGUAAUGCAAAAGGCGAGUAUAUUCUCAUCUAUGGCGGAAGUUCAGCCACAGGAACUCUUGGAAUACAACUCACCAAACUUGCUGGAUACACGCCGAUCACGACAUGUUCCGCUCGCAAUUUCAACCUAGUUAAAUCACUCGGAGCAGCUGCAGUAUUUGAUUAUUCUGAUCCAGAGUGCGUCACCAAGAUCAAACUGCUUACCGACAACAAACUUAGACUGGUCUGGGAUACCAUUGCAUCGCCAGAGACAGCCAAAUUUUGCACCGACUGUAUCGUGUCUGGGGGCACUUAUGGGGCAAUCGUCAGAGUCAAGUGUCCGCGAGAGGAUGUCAAGCAUACGUACUCGCUCGGAACGACUUGCUUUGGAGAGCCAGUCCACAAGUAUGGUUUCCACAUUGAGAACACCACAAAGGAUUUUGAAUUCACGAAGAAGUGGACUUCUAUUAUUGAGUCAUUGCUUGAACAACGCCAAUUGAAAGUGCAUCCAUCCAGGGUGGGCCAAGGAUUGGAGAAUGUGCUCGGUGGUACUGAGGAAGUGAGACUGGGUAAAAUUAGUGGGCAGAAGUUGGUAUACACAAUCUGA